AUGGGUCCAGGCUGUGUGGUGUCGCUCCCUCAGGAAAGGCCCGCAGGCGGAUCUCGCUGCCGGUUCCGCUUCCGGGCGCUCGCUGUCACCGAGGGCGGGAGCGGGGCGGUGCUGGCCCGCGGCCCGCCCCACCAUGGCGGAGUACGUGCAGUACAUUUACACAGACUUUUACUAACCCUUAAGGAACCUCUGUCACAAUUUCGUUCUGAGAGAACAUCAACUGAAACUGCUGUUUUGAUAAUUCGCAGGGUCAAUGAUUUGAAGACUGGUAAUCUGGUAGGAACUGACAAAUAUGGAAACAAAUACUACGAAGACAAAAGAAACUUCUUUGGUCGGCACAGAUGGGUUGUAUAUACCAAAGAAAUGAAUGGCAAAAAUACCUUUUGGGAAGUUGAUGGAAGCAUGGUGCCCCCUGAAUGGCAUCGCUGGCUGCACGCAAUGACGGAUGACCCUCCAACUACUCAUCCACCAGUUCCCCGUAAAUUUAUCUGGGAGAACCAUAAAUUCAAUGUGAGUGGCACUCCUGAGCAGUACGUGCCUUACUCUACUACUCGCAAGAAGAUACACGAGUGGAUCCCACCUAAAACAACCUGCAACUAAUAACAGCGACAUGAUUUGUCUCAGCUUGGGCUUUCAGUGUAAAUUGUAUUUUCACUGGUUUUGUUCAGAAUAAAAGCCUCCUAUAGCAUUUA